AUCGAUCCUAUAACAGAAAAACAGUAUGGGGGCACAUUUCUGUGGCGCACAGGAAGCAGCACGGAUUUAAUUUUAUGCAACACCCGCUCCUCUUCCGGUCUCUUUUCCCUUCGCCACCGGACGAAAAUGACCAAGGGAACAUCAUCUUUCGGAAAGCGCCGGAAUAAGACGCACACCUUGUGCCGUCGCUGUGGGUCCAAGGCCUACCAUCUGCAGAAGUCCUCCUGCGGCAAGUGUGGCUACCCCGAGAAGCGCAAGAGAAAGUACAACUGGAGCGCCAAGGCCAAGAGGAGGAACACCACUGGCACUGGACGUCUGAGACACCUGAAGGUUGUCUACCGCAGAUUCAGGAAUGGUUUCCGGGAAGGCACCACCCCCAAACCCAGACGUGCUGCAGUGGCUGCUUCCAGCUCAUCUUAAAAGACACAUUUUUGGAUAAAUAAAUGUGAUGUUCAACAAAA